GCGGGGCGGAGCGGCGCCGCCGGCCAAAGGCAGCCGCAGUCAGCGCCAGCGCGGCGGCCCGCGGGGAUGCUGCGCUACAGCUCCGGGCUCACCGUCACCGCCACCACCCCCAGGAGGCCGGGCGGGGACAGCGGCCGCGCCCGGCGGAAGAUGAAUGUUUGUAGAUUACGCUUAACAGUGCCACCUGAUGAAGGCUCACAGCCUGAACAGGGAGCAAAGGAACCCGAAAGAAAGAAAAACGAGCUCUACCAUGUACCAAAUGGCAUGUCUCCAGGGACGCUUUCUCAUGGAAUGGUGUAUGGUGUCGUGCACCGGACUGACAACAACCGUAAGAGAGAAAUGGUGGUUUAUGGCUGGUCAGCUGAUCAGCUGAAAGAAGAGAUGAAUUACAUUAAAGAAGUGAGAGCAACUCUGGAAAAAGUAAGAAAGAAAAUGUAUGGGGAAUAUGAUGAAAUGAAACGAAAAAUACAACAGCUUACGAAUGAACUGAAAGUGACAAAUGCUCAUCAGGAAUCCUUAGAGAAUCAUGUGCGAGUGCAGGCUGCAGCCUUAGAUAGCUUUAGUGAAAUGAACAGCUCCUUGACAUCAGCAUCAAUAGACUUGCAGAAAACUCUAGUGGAUGUUACUUUGGAGAACACUGACAUAAGGGAACAAAUAAGGAAUUUAAAACACACACAUGAGCAAUCUAUGGAAAAGCUGAGAGAGAAGCAAAAACAACUGGAAACAGCACAAAUUGAAAAUCAGUUACUGAAAUUAAAGGUGGAAUCAUCACAAGAAGCCAAUGCUGAAGUCAUGAGAGAGAUGACAAGAAAACUGUAUAGUCAAUAUGAGGAAAAAAUGAAAGAAGAGGAACAGAAACAUAAAGCUGAGAAAGAAAUCCUCCUAGAGGAAACAAAUCGGCUUCUGAAAGCUAUUGAAGAGGCAAAUAAAAAGAUGCAAAUUACAGAAACAAGUAUACAGGAGAAAGAUCAGAGAAUUGGUGAGCUGGAUCGGCUGAUUGAACGCAUGGAAGAGGAACGUCACCAGCUGCAAAAACAACUGGAACUAAAUGAAAUACAAAUAUCUGGAGCAAAAUCUGAAAACUCUGACAGUGAGAGGUCACAGCAUUUGGAGGAGGUAGCAGCAAGCCUAAGGGAGCGAAUCAAACAUCUGGAUGAUAUGGUCCACUGCCAACAGAAGAAAGUCAAGCACAUGGUUGAGGAGAUUGAAAUGCUAAGGAAGAAAGUCAAAGAGAAGGAAUUAUUUAUCAUACAGCUUUUAGAAAAAAUUUCUUUCCUAGAAUGUGAGAAUAAAGAAUUACAAGAUAAAUUGGACUAUUUAAUGGAAAAUCAACCAAAGACCAACGUAGAAACCAGAGAUGCUGGUGUAGGAUGUGAUCUUCCAUCCAGGAAAUUCAUUGAUAGGCUUCCAGAUAAGGGUAAGAAGAUCUCCGAUUUUGCUGAAAAGCUUAAGCUUGCCAUUUUACAAGAGGAAGAACUUGCAAGGACAGCUGAGUUGUUAACUGCUGUCAGGUUGGAGUUCCAGGCAAAUCAGGAGAAGGCUAAUACAAGCAAACAGCAAGUUACCCUAAAGGAGGACGUGCUAAGCCAAGAAGAUUCCUCAGCCUUGAACAAAAACUCUAAUAUUAAAGACGUUUCUAAGAUUUCUUCCCAAAAGCAGGAGGCAGAAUGUAUUGGGCAAGAUGCCACAAAAACAGCUUUAGAAAAUCAAAGGACUCUGAGAGAUGAUGAUAAAAUAAAGACUGUUUCAAAAGAUCAAGGUCUUUUUUGUGAAGUUGUCUCCAAGUCAGCUACAAGCAGUCAUCUGAAAAAUGAUCAGCAGAUAUCUCAGCGCAGUGCUGACGAUGGUACAGAGAGUACAGGUGCUACAGACAACAGUAGAGACAUGUUGGUUGAUGCCUUUCAAAAAGUUACGAUCGCAGAUGGUGAUAAUAGUGAAAAAGUAUUGGAAAAAGAGCAGAAUGUGGCGAAACAUAAGGGCAAUAUCUUUGGAAGCCUGCACCCCAAGACACCACAUUAUAUUGAAGUUCUAGAGUCUAGAGCUAAGAACCCAGUCAUAAAAAAAAGCAAAUUCAAAACAAAUGUAUUAUCAGGAGAGCAAAGUGGAUCAUCACAUGGUUCCUCAUCCAGUCAGUCACCUGGGGGAUUUGGCUCUCCAAUUACUGCUGAAGAAAGACGACUUAGAGAUAAGAAACAUUUGAAUGACAUCACAGCAGCUCGGCUACCACCACUUCACCAUGCCCCUGCUAAGCUAUUAUCCAUAGAGGAAUCCAUAGCAAUUCAGAUACAGCAAAAAGAAGUUUAUGAGGAAAUGCAAGCCAAGCUUGCAGCACAGAAGCUUGCAGAGAGAUUGAAUAUAAAAAUGAUGAGCUUUGAACCAGAGGGGGAGGCCGCAAUGCAAUACAGAGAAGUGAGAGAUGAAGAUUAUUUUUCAGCAGAGGACUGAAUUCAAGAAGGGAUGUCUGAGGAUGAACCAUGUAACUGAUCUUUCUGCAGUACUUCUUAAAACCCAAACGUGAAUAUUGAGAAUCAUUGAUCUAGUUAGUUAUUUCUGAAAAUUUUAACAUUACAGCUGUGGGAAGGGUUCCUUAUAAACCUUUUAAGUGUUAAGUGGCAACCCCAAGUGUUAUUUGGAGACCUUUUUAGGAGCUCUUUGGGCAGUUAAGCCUUGUGGAAAGCUGAAUAGUUUUCAACUAUAGUAAAACAAGCUCCUUAACACACUUUUGCAGGCUAUGAUGAAAUCAUCUACAAGAGAAGAUUUCUUCUGUGAAGAAAUAUGAGUGCAAAGGGCAUCAUAACUCAUAUCCAUAAAGUUAGCUAAGGUGCCUGUGAACUGCUGGAUGGAAACUGCAUGUAUGAAAUGUAUGCAUGUAUGUCUUGUAUAAAUGUAAGAUACUUCCUCUAUUGAGGCAUAAACUAUUUAAGAUUAUCUUGCUUUUACCAUAUGGUGACAAUACAUGCCUGGUAAUUUGCAGCCUAACUAUCACACAUUUAUCUUCUUAUCAAAUGAGAACUUGUUUCUGUGCCCAUAGCUUAAAAUAAUGCUUUCUGCCAUUGUACUGUAAAUAGGUACAAAAUUUCAUUAUUUUCGAACUCAAAUUCUGUUUGGGCUUUAAGGGAUUCUGCUGUUUCAUUUUUGGAGAUUACUGCAAAGCACAUCAAGAGAUCAAGUUAGUCUGAAGACUUUAAUAUUUUUAUUAAAGGCCUCAGUGUUUUUCCAUAUUUUUGUACAGUGCUUUCAAACUUUGGAAUACUAUUUUUUCAUAGUCUGAUACUGUAAAUGAACAGGUCCACCCUGUGGUUUUCUUAGAGAAAAUAAGUUCUCUGUAUUUUGCAGAUUUAUCUGUUCUUUGAAGAUUUAAAAAAAAAAGUCUUCCUUACAGUAACAUUUUCUGCCUUUCAUUAUGAAUUUUGAAAGAUAAGGAACACAAAUGAGAGGUAUUUCACAAUGAUUUUACACUGCUGACUAGCAUAUUCAAACCCUAUUAUGAGUUCAUUUUAGUUUAAAAAAAAAAACAAAAACAAAACAUUCUCAGAUUCCAUGUGUGGCCUGGCAAAUCCUGUUUUCUGAGGUACUCCAGCAGCAAUGCGCAAGGGGCAGCUCUGUGUGCAAGGCUUGCCCUGGAUGUGAACAUACUCCUGCAGGAGUGGUGUCCCUGGAAACCAAGAUAGGAGGCAUUCAAAAAGCUGCACAAUAUCAUUUAGAUAUCAUUUAGUAAAGGAAACUGACAGUCCCUACCACUUCUUGAGUGCAUAAAGCAGUUAAUGCUGUCAACAGUGCUUUGCAACCAGGCACUUACCCUUUCCCAAACACUCCAUAAGCUCCUACGUAGUCCCUGUGGUACAGUCCAUACCCUGGCACUGCAGUUUGACAGGCAGAACUGCUAAGCUAAUACGUGGCUUUUUUUUUCUUUGCUAUGUCAUCUGUGAUGCCUCUUCCUAUACCCUUUCCUCUCACUGUUUUCUUGUUCUAAUUUUUUCUUGGCUUCUCAACUCUCUGCUUUUCCCUUCUCCUCGUAAGACUCGUCCGCUCCUAAGAGCAAGUUCAUAUUCUACAUCUGCACCACCUAUUCCCUUUUGUAUCACAUAUUGCUUCCAGCUACAUGCAAACAUAUUUAACUUAUGCCAUGUGUCAUGCAUCUUCCUGCCAUUGUUAUCUCCUCUUGCUUUCUGCGGGUCCAUCUAAAUAACCAGCUAUGCACCUGGACACCUUCUGCAUACCUCAGUCACUUGAAUAUCUUGCAGAGACCUGAAUGUCUUUGUGUUUUCUGCCACAGCUGCUCUCUUACUGAGGCUUCUUAUGCUUUCUCAUUUCCUGUCUUGGUUUCAGACUGUAGAUUGUGCAGGUAUUUGCCACUUCCAGGCCUUAUGACCUUCUCCUUACCACGUACCUCUGCUGUUGAGUGGUUGGUUUGUUUGUUUUUGUGCUCCUGCUUCAUCCUCACGGCUUCUUAAUGUCACUUGUCUUUAUCAGCACUAAUUUUUGGCAUAUUUUCAGUCUUUCAGACCUCAGUUCCCAUAUUGAUAACCCAUCUGAUCCCUACCCUGCAUGUGUUUCUCUCCUCAGCCUCUUUCUUCAAUGUAUGGCUCUGGCUGCACAGGAGGCCAGUUCUUCUCUCAUGGAUGCAGUUCACCUCUCAGAUCACUAUUGCCUGCACUGCCAUCCAUGCUCCCUGCUACUAGUCCAGUUGAGUCUUGUCAUUGGUCUUCCUAUUAUUUCAGUCUGUUGAACUGCCUAAAGACAAGGGGCCUCACAGGUGUAUUGGCUUUCCCUUUGCUGUUGCGCAAAGCACAGGUUGUUACCAUUUCCAGGCCUGAGUGUAUCUGUCCCUGUUAAGAUCGUCUCCCUUGUCCUCGUACUGACUGCGCUGUUGCACCCUUUUCAAGUUGUGUGUGGUUUUUCCAUACUGGCUUUUCAGUGCUAAAGGAAUUUUCACAAAGCUGCACAGUUAAGAAUUUGUUUUCUAGAUUACUGAAGUCUUAAUGUGGGCUUCAUAAUAACGAAAAUUACAUUGUCUUCAUUGUGCUUUCAAGGCUUACUUUUGCUUUCUAAACUUUGCGAAGCAGAGGCAGAUUUCUUGAUCUGUGUUUUGACAGCAUUCAGCAUGUUGGGACUUGCUGAAGGGGAUCCCCUGAAUGGGCAAACUUCAUCCUUAAGGAAAAAGAAUUGCUGUAGUAAUGGUUAAAGUGGAUUAUAUAGUUAUACACUUAGCAGCUGUUCAGCACAACGUUCAGGAAUCCUCGCAGAAGGGAGUGCUGUGAGAACACAAAACUAAGUUUAAAGUGUGACUUGUAAGCUAUUGCAAAAUAUGGAAGCUGUCAUGGGGGGGUUGUUGCUCCCAGAUUCUGAAUGCAGAUGUGUACUCCAUGCUAAGAUUUUGUGAGUGGCAGAAAAGCGAAGAGUUAGGUAUAAAGAGAGUCCCAUGAUAAGGAGGAUGUGCAAUCCAGGAGCUUGUAAUAGGUUAGAGAAUAAGAGGGUGAAUCCUGAAUGGUUUAGUCAUCCUGAAUUAAGUUUCUUAUCAUAUGUAGUAUUGUUACUGUGUAUUUCACUGUUCUCAGGUUACAGAACAUUUCAAAACAUACACUGGGAAUUGAGGAUCUUGCUCUGUUUUAUGGGAGUGAACUGUUUUGUCGGACUGGACUGUUAAUCUGGAAGAAAAUAAAGAAUUUAAAUAGUG